AUGUUUGAAAAACUAACGAGUGGUUUUACCAGACAAACAACGACAGAUCAUAGAGAAAUAAACAUAGAGAAUAAACGGAAUGAAAGCGAUGCCCGAUUUAACUCAGCAGAAGAAAUAAAACUUGCGCGAAUCAAACAACAAGCGAUAACUUCAUCCGAUGAAAUAAGUGAAUAUUGCCAUGUACUGAGAACUCGUUUACAGAAUGGCAUUGUAUUUGAAAGUUCAUAUCUGACUGCUAAACUUUACUAUGACAUUGCAUCUGUAAAUUAUGAGUACUAUCGACACGGUUUUGUUCACGAUAAUUUGCUAUCGGUAAGGGAAUAUUUUCAAAAAUGUAUUGCUGAGUUUGACCCGGAAAACUUGCGAACCAGUCGUAUAAGUAUUGUGAAAGAUGCGCGAUAUCUUCUCGAGGUAGGAUGUGAUGCUCGCGUCUUAAAUACGGAGAUUUCAAGAGAGCCUGGCUAUGUAGGUAUCGAUCGAAGAUGUUCUUCGUUAAAAGGAAAACGCAAAAAACUGGCAGAUAGUUUACGACCGAACACUUCUGAUGAGACAAGAGAAAAUCUAUGUGCAUUGGUUGAAUGUAACUUAGAAAUCGGUUGUAUCGAACAAGUGGAAUACUACGCAGCGCUUUUAAACGAUCAUUUCGAAGAGAAGAAGAUCGGAGAAUAUGAUUUAAGAAGAGAAUCAAUUAUGAGAUUACGAGAAAUUAUGACAUACGAAGUGGCUCUGUCUUUACCGCAAGAAGAUGAUAUCGAAUGUUAUUUGGUGAAAAAGUCGGAGAAAGUAUUGGAUUAUGAAAGAGAAAUUCAGAAAUGGAAGGAUAUUUGUGGAGAUUCGAUUAGUCGAUCGGUUUUAUUUAUUUGUAAUCCUGGAGAGAGAGAACAUCAUUGGGAAAAAAUCAAUAGUAAAUCAUUUUUAAAUGAAUUUUUGAACCGUACGUACUCAAAAAGAGUUGAGAAACAAGUUUUCAACGAGAUCAUGGAAAUGUCUACUGCGGAUGAAACUUUUGUCAAUUCGACUCCAAACUCCGACUUACCCAGUAAUCUGUUCAAAUUCAAAUGCAAAGUGACAAAAAUCAUAAAUUUUUGCGCAAGAUUAAAAGAAGCAUACGGUGCUAUUGAACAUUAUCCUCUCGAGCGACGUUAUGAACAAGCAUUAUCGUAUUUCACCAAAGAAAAGGCGAAACUUCGAGAGCAAAUUCAUUCGUUAUCAAGACCACAGGUAAAGCUGUCCAAUGAAUGUUCUCGGACGACGUUUCCUUCGAGUUUGUUUCCUGUUUCUUCGAAUAAUGGCGUUAAAAAUUUAAACGAUCAGAUUAACGAGGACGAGUUUUUCUCCCGGAUUGUUCCGUAUAUUGACGAAAUCAAGGAUUUCAAACGUUCGUUUAAUUGUGUUCAUACCAUCGAUUGGCGCUCUUGUUCGAAUCAUAGCGAAGUGAUGAAAUUUGUAAAAGAUUGGCAGGAAGAAAAUGCGAAGCUUGAAAGUAGAAAUCCUUUUGAGAAAAGAUACCUCUUCUUAUUAGUUACAUCUGAUUCUCGUUUCAUAUCGAAAUUUACCGGGAAUUCGAGCCGUUGGUAUUUGUAUAAAAAGACCGCGUCCGGCCGAGUCUCCGAAGGUUAUAUUGAUGCAAAAUGGGAAUUAAAGAGUCUAAAUAAAUACUUGAAAGAUACUUCGCCACAAGCAGAAGAAGGUGCAAUAUUGAAUUUUUUAUCAAAGAUAUUCCCCGCUAAUGAAGAACUUUCGCCUUCUCAAUAUCAGUUUACCAAAUCCGCGCAUUAUAGAAACCACUGUCCAUCGAUUCCGAUAUACGAUCUUCGCAACUCAGAAGAUGCGCACAGUUUCAAACAGCAGAUCAAAUGUGAUAUCAAUCGAGAUUUCACUUGCAUAGGAAAGAUCUCCAAUAAACACUAUGUUACAUUAGUUGUCGAAAGAAGCCAACAAUAUCAAUUCGAUUAUGAUUUACGCUACAUCUGUAUCAUAGAUUCGACUUCUAAACAGAUAAAUAAGAAGCUUUUACACUGGCUGACAGGAGUUAUCGGACAAUGUGUUUAUAAAUAUCAGUUUAUCGAGUGUCCGAGGGAAAGAUUAAUGUCGAAAAAUAGUUUACUACACGCCUAUGUGAAUGCGGUGGCGUGUGAAUGGGCGUUGGAAAAUGGACACUGGGCAUUUUUGAAAACGAACUUUUCCAAACAAGAAUUUUCGGAGGCGAAAAAUAUCGAGAAAAUGAAAUUAUGGUUUAGUGAUAAUAGCGAGACAAUGUCGAUUCUGGAUAAGAUAGAAGAUCAUGUUGAGGAUAAGAAAAGUAUUGAAGUGAUCGAGAAAUUUAGAAGUCAAUUUUAUCAGGUAAUUCUGACGAUUCUGACGCCGUUAAAACCCGAAGAAAUUGUGAAUCGUAUCGAAGAAAUGUCGAGGAUAAUUGGUACUAUUACAAGACUUGAUCAGAUUAGCGAAGCAAUACAACGAAUAAGCGGAAAAGAAGUUCCCAAGGAAAUCGAAGAAUGCGUUGAUCAAAUUGAAACUAUUCAAAAUCAAAGUGAAGAUACUAAGAAAAGCGAGUGUUUAGAAAUCAAUUCGAUAGUCAAUCUGAUGUUUGAAAGUAUGAAGCAAUGUUCUUUUGCUUUAUUAUCUCUUGAAGAGAAACUUCACAAAAAUUUUGAGCAUUUCGAAGAUAAAUUUCAUGAAAAUAUCCUUUUGAUAAUCAUCGAUCGAAGCGAAAAUCCAACAUUCGAUUAUACAAAACGAAUCAACGCUAUGAUUACGUUGAAUUAUGAAGAGUUUCUCAAAUCGCUUCAGGAUUAUCUUGAAACUCGAAAGAAUUUUACUCCUGCACGUGAAUUUCUUUCACAAUGCCAACAUUUGAGCGGACAGUUGCAGAUUUGUAGGAUUGAGAAUAGUUCAGUAACAACUCGAUGUGCUGCACAGAGUUUAAAUCUAGUUGAAAGUGUUCUCGACCGAUUCACUCAGUUGGAACAAACACUCAGUCAGUUCCAACCGAUAUUUCCACGCCUUUUACCAGCUUGUUAUGAAUUACUCGAAUUACCGAGUAUUAACGAGAAUUUACCCGAGGAUAUUUAUCGAAAAAUAUCCCAACACAUUUCUAAUCUUGAUGAUAUAGAAAAUUGCAUCAAAGAUCUCUGUAAAAAAGUUUCAUUCGAUACGCGACAUGUCGAAGAAAUCUUCGAGAUACUUCGCAAUUCAGUGGGAGAUGAAGAUGAGAGAGCAGCCUAUUACAUCGGAACAUAUCUUCGACAGACAAUCAUGAACGAAGUCGAUUGUUAUAUGAAAAGUUUAGUCUCGUUUCGAUACAAAUCUUUGAAUGCGAUGGAAAUUUUCGAGAAAAAUCUACACGAAUAUUUACUUAGUUCUGUUAAACGUAUGGUGACAAAUCACACGUGGGAUACUCAGCUAGUUAGCGAAGAUUUAGCUUCGAUAGAUCCGAACAAUACUAAUUAUGAUCAGAAAAUCGUUUUAUAUAUGGAAAUAGUGCAAGCAUAUCGCCAACCACACAAUUCAGUGCCGUCUGAAGUUGUUAACGAUGUGGUAAAACGGUUGAAUGAUACAAGUCAUAGCCAUUUUGUGUAUUUGACGCGAAAAUUUGAAGAUUUAACUAAGAUGUUACGUCGUUUCUCGCAAGUGGAAAAAGUUCUACCAGGAUUUGAGAAAGUAUUUCGGCAAUGUCUUCAUGAAAGGUAUGAUCACUUGUCUGAACAGAAAGUGUUUUCUCCAGAUGGUCAAAUCCAGCAAGAAAUUCUAAAGCAACUUCAAUCGAGUCGAACGUUUGAUGAUAUUAAACAAAUCGUUCAGAUUUUCGACCAGAGUCAAUUGUUGGUCGUCGUAGAAAGAUGCCAAGGAUUUAUUGAAGAUGGUGAUGAGAAAGGUAGUUCAGAAAUCAGCGAAUGUUUACGACAAUGUAUUCUCAGUACAGUGCAAAGCUUCACAUCGGAUUUGUUAGCGUUUCGUCAUCAGGCUUUAGUCGCUUUUAAUCAUUUCGAAAAGAAUCUGUACCUACUAUUAACGACUUACGAUGUUCUCGGAGGUCAAGAAAUGAGAGAUUUAGUAAGCGAGACAUUAAAUAAACUAAAUAAUUCUCGUCGGAAUUAUGAUGAUGAGUUUUCUAUCUACAAAGAUUUCGUUGAAAGCUUAGAAAUUCGGGAAUAUGAAUGUCCUCAAAUAAUAAAAGCGACUUUUGAGAGAAGCAACCAUACCUUGAAAACGAUCCUGACAGCAAAAGUAAACAAUUUGAAAACGAUUCUAAAUGCGUAUGUUCAUUGGUAUGAAAUCGAAAAUUUUAGACAAAGAGACUAUAGUAUUUUUCAAAUCAAAACAACUUCGGGUAUUCUGAGUAAAAUGUUGGAUACUGUCAAAACGAAUUAUCCCGAUUGUCUUUGUCCGAAUAAUGAAAUACGCAUUAUUAAUUGCGAUAAACUCUACAUUGAUGUUGAUUUAUCCGGGCCGGAGUAUUCAGGAGUGAAUAUCGUGAUAAUUAGCCCAUAUCAAGAGUUGAUUAAAGAGAAAAAAAUCUUAAAAAUCCGCACUGAUGGUGACAACGCGAAGGAUAUUUGGAAAGACAAACCAGCUAGAAAUGGAGUUGGAAACGAUGCAUAUGGAAAUGGAAAUAAAGGAGAAGAUGGUUCAGAUGGUAAGCAUGGAAAAAGCGCGGGACAUGUGUAUAUCGUUGGCAAUCAAUUGCCUGAAAUCGAAGUAUCAGCUCGUGGUGGACAAGGAGGAAAUGGACAAGAUGGCGGUAAUGGAGUAUCUGGCUUAGAUGGUACUGACGGAAUACAUGCUGAUAAGGAAGCGUUGCGAAAAGAACUAGAACAGAAAUGGGCAUUACCAGGUGGUGUUGAAUCAUGCCGUUAUCGACGUAUUGGCACCGAUGGCAAACCUGGUGGUAAUGGAGGUGAUGCUGGUUCAGGUGGUUUUGCUGGGGAAUGUGGGAAUUUUGGAACGAUAAAACUUGUUGCACUGCAAGAUGUUUCUCCAGAAAUCCCACAUCCUACUGUUGUGGAAAAUUUCGAAAUCCGAAAUGGGAGAGUGGGAAAGCCAGGUGAAGCUGGUAAACAUGGCAAAGAUGGUCUCGACUAUGUUGCCAUAAGUAAUUCGAUCAACUUUUUCAAAGCUUGGGUUACAAGCCGAGAACUAGGUAAUCUGAAAGGUGGCCGUCUUUGCCCACAGCACAGAGAAGACAAGAAAGAAAGUCAACCAUUCACGGAUUAUUCUAUGCUUCCAAUGGAAGAGGAUAGCAGUAGUCCUAGAUUUUACGAUAAAUAUCUCGAUAGAAAUACGCAUAGAGGAUCUGAAAAGACUAAUAAACAUCUAAAUCAAGAUGUUAUUCAACAAAUACACGCGAUUGAUCGUCAUGAUGUUUUUGAGCAAACCUCGCAUUUUUUCGAACAGUUUAUAAAUCCAAUCAAAUCAGCGACUUACCAUCAUUGGUUGGCUUCGGAUGCCAAGCAAUUUCUAGAGAAACUGGCCGAACUAGAAGAUAUACCUUCACACACUGUUCAAACAUUACCUGACAUCGAACAUGACGUCCAACAAAUGUUGAUUCUCAAAGAAAACUUCUUCCAAGCUUUAAAUAAAACCAAUGUCAAACUCCAACAUGAAAAACUCGACACAAAUCAAAUGAAUAUAGGAGUUAUUCAACUAGCACAGCAUAUCUUCACUCAUUACAGCAAUUAUCAACAACAGUAUCAAACCGUUUAUCAACAAUUACGAACCGAAAUAGAAAAAGUCGAUGUCAAUCAAUUAGCAACCGGAUUACAAGUUCGUAGUACUGAAAUUGCCAACUUGAAAAGUGCGCUCAAUCGAAUUAUCAACGAGCACCGAUUUCAGCAACGUUUUGCUAUGUUACAACGCCGCGCAGAUGCCAUUAUGGAAAUGCCACAAGAAGAUCUUUCGAAAGCUGUUCUAUCGCGACAAAACAUCGAAAUUCUCAAAGAAGACUCGCACCGACGAGACUGGAAAUCAUUUCAAGAAGAAAUCUAUCAUAAAAACAUUGCUUUUGUCCGUCAAUUCAAUCAAGAUCCGAACGAAGAAAACCUGCUUCGACUCAGCACUGACUUUCUCAUUGCAUUAUUCGAUAAAUUUUCUGUUUGUAAAACAGCCAACGACGUUAAUCUUGAAAACAUUUCAAAUUUUACCUACAAUUUCCUGUACAAUUUGCAACAAUCAGAUUAUCGCUUCGGCGGUUACCAAUAUCUUCGAAUUCAACAACAAGCUAUCAACGAUUUAUUGAUUGAAACAUCAUGGUUAGAAAAUAGUCAUGUUUUAGAUCUAUUAAUCGACUUUUCUCGAGGUUUUCAUCGAGAAAUUCGACGACAGUAUUGGUUAAUUUGGACAAGAGAAACAUUGAAAUGUAGUCAAGACGAUCGACGUCAAAUUCUGUUCGAUAUUUUACAAACUAUUCGCAUCGCUGAUGAAGUUCAAUUGAAAAAUGUCGAUUUGAGCCUGAAAUCUUCAUAUUUGCUGAAAGAAUUCCCCCCGUAUGCUUUCGAUCCCAAGUUGUACGCAGAGAAAUUGAUUGAAGCGAUGGAAAUUUUCAAUCACAAUUGUAAUCCAUCGAAUUGUUUAGAAAUCUUCGUCAUUUUUUCGCGGAGCUCGUUCUUUGAUAAGAAUAGACAAGACGCGUUACAGAAUUUACUAACAAACAUCGAACAAUUAGCAAUUUUCGAUGAUUUUUUAUUCGUUUUACAUCAUAAUUUGACAACGAUCAAUCUCGAUGAGAAACAGUUCGAUAUACUAAUCGAGCAAAUCAUGAAAAUCGAGUAUAUUCUUAUGGAGAAUCCACGAUCGUAUAUCUCCGAUACGUUCUUUCAAUUUUCUCUCAGUAUCGAAGGUUUUCGAGUGAAUAAAUUUUCUCCUGAGAAAAAGAAAGAUUUCCAAACGAUCGAACGAUCUAAUGAUUGGAAUCGAUUGCUAGAAUUCCGCGGUAAACCUCCUAAGAAAAAGCGUCCCGCAUUCACAAUCGAACAGCAGAUUGACGCUUUCAAUACGUUGUUUGAUUUUGCAUUGGUGGACGAUAUAUUUAAGCAAUUGGCAGAUUGCAAAGGUGAACACACAUUGAUUGAACAGAAAAAAAUCAUUCAGUUUCUUAAUAUGACGAUUGUUAAUCGAGAUCGAUUUCCCUGUGAGAGGAUUGAUGUUCUGAUUGGAAAGAUUUUGCAUGAGGAAUCGAACGACGACAUCCGUGAGAAUCUCGAGUUUGCCAAAAUUGUUUUUGAGCAUGAAGUAGCGAAAAGGAAGAUGAAAGAACAUGAGGAAAAUGUUCAAUCAACGAUGGAGAUGAAACAAAAGUUUGUCGAAGCAAUUUCAGGAGAUUUAGACCAACUAAAACAGAUAAUGACAGAUCAGAGCAGAACACCGGGUGAUGCUUUUGAGUUUUACGUUAAUCUACAAAAAUUACUAUCGAAAGAAAAGCCCGAUGAGUUCUUUGGACUAUCGAACGAUCAGUUAGACAAAACGAGAACUGUUUGCCAAGACAUUCGCAGCCGCCUAUCUGACGAAGUUGACGUGAGAAAAAUCUUUCGGCCUUUAGACAAUCCCAGCACGGAUUUUGCGCUUGAAAACAAAAAAGAAAUCGAAACCAUAUUGAACCAAUAUCCUGUCGAUGUGGAAAAGAUCUGUCAGUAUCUUGAUGAGAUCAUCGAGUGUACCGAUAGACAGAAAAAUGAAACAAUUAUUUUCGAUGAGAAAGCAACUCUGUUGAGAACACUUGAUGAAUUAUUUUCUCAGAUUGAAACUGUUGACGAUAAGACACGUCGAAUGAUAGUCAAGAGAUUGAACAAAAUCAAUGCACCAUUAUUUGAUUUCACGAAGUCACAUGGUGAAUUGUUAUCUGACGCAAAAUUCUGCCUUUUCCGACGCGAAAUAAGUCGAAAGUUAAAAGGAAAUAUUCAAAUUGAUCAAUUGUUAGAAAAGAAAAUUGAAAGGUUAUUUUUCAACAACAAAUUACCAAGUGUCAUAGAUAUGUUGGAAUAUUGUCCGAAAGAAAAUAUCGAUGAUUUUUUGAAUAAAAUACUUUCAAAUUUCGAGAAUUCAUCCGAUUUAGGCGAGAUAAAAAAGAAACUACUCAUCCAGCUAGUCCGUUAUUACCCGAUUUUUAAUGAGGGAAAAAUACCUUCGAGUCAGAAAUAUUCGGUAGAAGAUUACGAAGCAAUACUGAAGUUUUUAGCAAAUGAACGCAAUGGCAAGUCGAAAGUUGUUGAAGAGAUUUACGAAAAUUUCUACAAAUAUUGCCAAGGAUCAAAACUUCCAUUGAAAAGUCGGAUUAACUUGAUGAAUCUGAUCACGAGAGUCCAUCAAGAGAGUUGUUAUCCCCAUGAAGCUAAUAUUCAAUUUGCAUGGUACAUUGUGAUGCUAUUUCGUACUUUACUUGAAGAUAAUCAACCAUUAGGGUCUAUUGAUGAGAAACUUGUCGCUUUUGUAAUGUGGUUAGUGGAUAAACUCUCAAAUUGCGGAACAGUGGGGAGAUUUGAAUUGAACAAAGCAGAUUUUGAACAUAUCGAUCGAUUAGAAUUGAUCAUUUCCAGAUUGGAAGAUAAGAAAUAUGAUUGGUUGAGAGAAUCGACAAAUGUUGUUUAUCAGGAAAUGAAAAUGUUAGUUAUUGAAGAGUGUAUGAAGAAUCUCGCUGCACAAAAUCGUAACGCAAGUUGGUUAGAAGUUGUCGUUCACUUUCCAGUAUAUUUCCAAGAGAAUAACGAUGAAUUGUUUGACUAUGUUAAGCGAAAUGUCGACAAAAAUCGAAUACAGGAGUUUAUUUUCAAUCGCAUCUGCGUGAUACAAGAAAAGACUCUCGACAAGUUUUAUACGUUGAUUUUAAAAGGUGAAUAUUCCGAUUUGAAGAGCCAAAUAGAAAGUAAUUGGGAGCAAGUGAAUGGAUAUUUGAAUAAAUCGAAAAUUACUUGUACAUUCGAUAAGCAAAGUCCAUAUGAUGUCAUAAAUUUCAAUAAUCUGAUUGAAACUUUCAACGCCCGUUUAGAAACCGAUGGAAAGCUUCUUAUUGACAUUCAGAUUUUUCUCAAAAUUCAAAAUUGCUUAGCGUGUUUCGAAGAUAUGAGGAUUGUUAUUGAAAAAUUGUUACUCACAUCGCAAGAGAACUGGUUGAAAGUCUCCUUAAUCGAACACAUAAUCGAGAAAUUUUGUUGGAUUUAUUCGCGUAAGAAUGAGAUUGAACAACUUCGGAAUUUAUUAACGCAAAUUCACGAGAAAGUCUUGUUGUUAUUCAACAAUGUACUCGUCACCCACUUCACCGAUCAGAUCAAUCACGCGAGUUCGUCUCCAUCGAAUUAUUCGAAAUUAUCCGAAGAAAAAUGUCUUCGAAUUAUUGAAUUACUUCGUGAUAUCAGUCCAACAAAGAAGAAUCUCGAUCAAUUAGCCGAUAGUUCGUUAACUGUAUGGGAUACAUUGUUGUACGAGAUCGAAUUUUCGAAAAUUUUUCAUCGAGCGAUGCGUCAGGCUGGUGUUGAACUUGAUGAACUUAGUGCGGAGAGAACAUUGCUGUUUUUCAAUCGUAUUCGAGUACAGUUGAAUAUUGAAAACAGCGAUCGAUUUCUCAAGUUUCUCGAAGUGAUUUCAGAGAGAAUAGCGAACGCAGAGAUGAAGAAUCUCGAAGCGUUGAACAAAUUAUUAGAAGUCAUUCAUUUUCAACGAAUAACAUUCGAACAAGGAAAUAAUCUUGUUCUCAAAUUUGAAUAUUCAAAUUGGUUACAAAGAAUUGAUGAAUUGAUCCAAUCGAAUUUUAUUCUCGUGAAUCAAUCCGAUGCCACGGCAGAUAAUAUCAUCCAACAAAUCAUCAAUGAACAAAAAGACAAAACAAAUGUUAUACAAAAACCGAUUCUCGAAACUAUCGUUAUCGAAGCGAACCGAUUCAAAAGCGAAGCUUUGCGCAAACUUGCCUCCAACGGAUAUGACAAGUCACAAAUUCAUCAAGAAAUUCAGACGAUUUACAAUCUUGAUGCUUAUCAAACCAAUCCAGCACGAUAUGUUUAUUCUCAUCUCGAAGAAAUUCUUCCGUUGAUAUUCCGCGCAUGGUCAUGUGCGAAUAAUAAACAAUUUCCAAAGGAAACUCAAAUCGUUGCGCUUUUGUUGUUUAUUCAUAGCAGCGAUAAAGGACUGUUGGAGCAGAUUCGAACCGGCGAAGGAAAGACUUUGAUCGUCGGCAUCACAUCCGCGUUCUUCGCCUUGUGCGGACAUGCAGUGGAUGUCGUUUCGAGUAAUCGUGAUUUGGCAAUCGAAGGUGAACAGAAAUGUCGCGCAUUCUUUCAAUUGUUAAAAAUCGAAAGCGGACACAUUUGUCACGACGAUGAUGAAGUGAACCAUCAAUCAUAUCGACCAGAUUUGAAUACUCGACAAGGUAAUAUUGUUUAUGGUGAAGUGGGAGCAUUUCAAAAAGAUAUUUUAGAAAGUGAAUUCAAUAGUAAGAACAUUUUCGGUCGGCGAUACGAAAAGCGAGAGAAAUGUUUGAUUAUCGAUGAAGUUGAUAAUAUGUGUUUAGAUCGUGCGCGACAUGUUCUCUAUCUUUCGCAUGAAAUUCAAAGUUUGAAAUGUCUGGAAACUUUAUUCAUCAACAUUUGGAUCGUGGUACUUCGAGCAGAAAUUGAAAAUGCCGAUGAUGUUUCGGCCAAUACUAAGGAGAUUUCUCUGUUUAUCCAACAAAAUAUUAAAAAUGGAAAUAUCUUUGUUCCUGGUUACAUGCGUCGCUUUGUUGAUUAUAAACUUGAUCGUUGGAUUGACAGUGCAUUUCAAGCACGAAUCAUGCGAGAAGAUGAUCAUUUUGUUUUAGAUGUCGCUAAGACCGAUGAAAAGAAAAAUCAGAAACAAAAGACUAUUAUUGUUGUUGAUAAAGACACCGGUGUUGAACAAUAUUCCACACGUUGGAGUAAUGGUUUAGCACAAUUUUUAGAAUUGAAAUACCGUCGAAAGGUGUCAGUGGAAAGUUUGAAAGCAGUUUUUAUAUCCAACAAAGCAUUUUUUCAAAGAUAUGGCAAACGUCUCUAUGGACUAACCGGAACAUUAGGUUCGGAAAAUGCUCAAAGUUUUCUCUCGGAUUUGUAUCAUGUUCAAUUUGUUGAACUUCCGACGUCGAAAAAGAAAUGCUUUUAUCAAUUGCCGAGCAAAGUUUCGUUCGAAUACGCCAAUUGGCUUAAUCUCAUCGCUGAAGAAAGUAUGAAACAAGCGCGCGAGCGACCUGUUCUGAUCAUUUGCGAAAAUGUUGAGUCAACGGAAAAUAUUUGGAAUGAACUUGUUCGUCAUGGUGUUCCACCGAACACCAUCGAGAAAUAUCGACGAGAUGGAGAUAAUGUCGAAGAACGAUUUUAUAAGAAACCAGCGACUCGAGGAGAUAUUAUCAUAGCAACGAAUAAAGGUGGUCGAGGAACGGAUGUUCAUGUCGAUCCGAGUGUGAAUUGUAAAGGAGGAAUGCAUGUGAUCUUGUGCUAUCUACCAGAUAAUGUUCGAAUCGAAGAACAAGCAUUCGGACGAACGGCUCGCAAUGGAGCAGCUGGAACUGGACAGUUUAUUUUACAAGUCGACAAGGCGAUCUACGAAUCGAUGUAUGAUCUCGCGCAAUAUCCAAAAGAUAAGAAACAAAAGAAGUUAGAAGAUUUAUCGGAUGUGAUUUUAGAACGAGAAAAGGUUAGUCGAGAUAACAAAGAAGCAGCGAGAUUAUCCGAACUAAAACUGAAGAAUAUCCUUCGUCUUGAAGUUGAAGAGGAACUUUUCGACAAGUUUAAUAAGUUCAAGCAAACUUUCCGGAAGAAUCUGUCUCAAUCAUUAUCUAAGGAAUUAAUCGACGCGUUUGAGAAUAUACUCAAGAAUCGCUGGGCAUUUUGGUUAGACGAAGCAAAGACGAAAAUCGAUGCUAUCGAAACUUUUAAGCAAAAAGAUACUCUUGUCGAAGAAUUCACCAAUUACAUGGUUAACGAAUGGCAGAAAUCGAAUAUAGAUGAAUUAAUCAGGCACCCGGAAGAAGCCAAUCAUAUUGGAAAAGUUUAUCUUUCGAAAAACGAGUAUUCAAAAGCGAAGGAAUAUUUCCAAAAAGCUGUAUCAUGCGGCGAUAUCUCAGGUUUUUCUCACAUAGGUCUCGCAUUUUGUAUAAUCCAAUCGUCAACCGACGAUCUCAUUGUGAAAAAGAAAGAUUCGCGAAGAGAACUGAAAAAAGCGUUAGAAUGCUUCGAAGCUAUGAAACGGAAUUUGAUGUCGAACCUAAAAAUCGCUGAAGUUCUUCCUCAAACAGCCACCGCUGAGAUUCUUCAAAAGAUUUCUUCGAAAGAAAAUCCUUACCAAGAUCAAAUCACGAGCAAAUUUGAAGUAAUCGGAACACAUAUUCAUUUUCUAACGAAAGCGAUUGGACAAACGGUCGAACCUUAUGAUUUCAUCUUUCAUGAGAAUCCGAAAGAAAAAGGAAAAGAACUGUUCGAUCUUCUAGCUAACCAAGGAAUUCUUCAACGAAAUCAAUUGAGAAAGAGAUUUCAAAAUGCUAAAGAAGAAAUGAGUAGAAUCAUCGAAGAAAACCUUGAUCCAUCUAUAUCCGGAGAACUGGUCAAAUUAUUGAGCAGUAACAAAAAAGAAUUCACUCCGACAGAUUUUCAGAAGAUUGUUUGUUGUAAGGAAGAGUUAUGGGAGAUUUUAAAUGUGAAAAAUGGUGAACAUGUUUACAUAUUAGAUAAGGAUAAAAUUCAAAAUGAAUUAGUAGAACAGUAUGAAGCGAUUUGGAAAGAUUUACAAGAAAGACGAAUUGAUCCGAAUAACGUUGAUUUGUCUCUAUUUGAAGGGAGUUCUGAAAAGAAACAAUUCCAAAGUUAUCUCGAAGGAAAGAAAAUUUUGAUUGAAACAAAACGAGUAAAAAUCAAAGAUAUCAAUUUGAAUUUUUUGAAACUUGAUGGAAAAUAUGCAAAGUAUUCGAAGAUCAAGUUCAAUGAUAAUGGCCAUGAAACCAACGGUCUCCAAGGAUUUCUUGAAGAAUUAUUCAAGUUCAUUGGCACAGACAAUGAAUAUGUGUAUCAAACACAUUUGCCAUACGGCACGAGAGAAGAAGAAGGACAGAAAAUUGAGAUAUUUCUAAAAGAGAAAAAUAUUUUAAAGUCCGGUGGACUCGCGAAACUGAAAUACGGUGACAAUCGUGAAGAAAUAAGUAAGCUAUUAGAUAGAAUUCUGACAAUUGAAUUUAAAAAUGAUAAGAAUCUGAUUGACCCGAUCAUUUUAAGGAUGCAAGGAGAUAUUCGUUCGUAUAAAGAUGGAAUAAAAGCGCAUUUCAAAGACUUUCUCGAUCUUCAAGAGGUCGAAACAGUUCCCACUGAACUGAGGUUCUUCGAAGGUCUCGGUCUUGAUAAGUUUCUCAUUAUUCAAGAAGAUAAAUCCUGGUGGGAUUGGAAAGCGUUUGCAGUUGCCAUGAUCGGACUCACUCAAGUGAUCGGAGGUGCCGUUUUGACCGCUUUUGGUGCCGUUAACAUCGGUGGUGCACUAAUUGCCGAAGGUCUUUCCGAUAUGAUCUACGCGACUAUGGCAGGCAUAUCAGGACAGUUCAGUUGGAGAGAUUGGGCGAUACAGAAAUCGAUUAGUUUUAGCGUUUCGUUGUUAAGUGCAGGAAUAGGUGCUUUGUCAUCGAUAGGUUCAGUUGCAGCUAAGGUAGGUUCAGUUUCGAGAGCAGCAUUGUUUUUUGGAGUCGUCAAGCAAGUAGCACAACAAUUCGCUCUGACAUGUUUGACUAAUAUUAUCACGGAAACGAUAAUGGAACAGGUGAGAAACGGCAUCAUACCAAAGAUUGUCAAAACGAUCGAAGAAAUUCUAUUGAAAGGCAUAUCGAGUGCGAUCAAAGCUAAAGUUGAAAGACUUUAUUCAUCUGAUAAAACGGAAAACGAAAUCGAACAGGAGUAUGGCAAAAUGAAAGAACACCUUGUAGGCGCAUUAUUUGGUCAUCAGCUAUUGUCCCGAGAAUUCGAAAGUAUUCGAUCACAAGUUGUUAAUGCUUUACAAAACUCCUAUAAAGCGAUCGCCGAAGGUUUCAGUAAAUCGAGUUCGAAAUAUGUUAAAAUGAUUGGUGCGGCUGCUCAAGUAACGCUAUUUAUCGAUAAAAUGUAUAACGCAGUGAAAUCGUUUUUAAAUGUAACGAGUGUUAUAGCGACGUUAAACAAUAUUAUCGAAGGUUCUACGCAAACAAACAAUACAGAUGUUAAGAAAAACAAUUUCAAUGCUAAACUUGUCGAAGAAAGAGCAGAAGAAUUGAUGAAACAUGUGAAAGAUUGUAUAACGAAAAAAUUAACAGCACUACUGGACCAAAUUUUAAGACUAACCAUCAAUAAAACAUUAAGAAUGGUUGGUACAGAGCUAGCAGCGAGCAUACAGACAAUGGUUAGCUCAACAACUGAAAACAAACAACAAACAAAGGAGAAUAAAGAUAGUCAAGUCAGUGUCGAAGGACCUUCACCGAAACACAGUACUCAAAAAGAUGAAGACGCUGAAAAGAAACGAGAAGAUUUACAAAAUAAUGUGAAAACCUGUAAGAAUCAACAAGAAAUGUAUGAAGAUGAAGCAAAAGAUGCAACAAGAGGCAAAAAUCUUGCUGAUAUUCAUUUAUUAUCUAAUGCAAAAUGUCGAAACAUUAUCGUUAUUGAUACUGAAACAAAUGAAGAGAAAAUCAUUAGACCCGAUGGAUUGAGAAAAGUCAUUGCGUUUUUUAAAACCGAUGCUAAAAUUAAAUAUAUACCAGGUACUGAAUAUGGACAAAUGGGACAUUACACAACUGCACGGGGUAAAGAAAAUUUCGUCGAAAAAAAUGGACGUAAUGAUUGUUUAUUAAUCGCCUAUCAUGAAUUAUUGGGAAGUAAAGUAGAUGAAACUUUUAUAGACAAGGAGUGCAUAGCUUUUAAUCAAUAUACUAUGCAACAUUUGGAUUUGUAUGUGAAAUAUCGAACACAUUUAGAUGCAACUGGUCAGAAAUUAAUGAUCGGUGGGAGAGUACCGCUCAGAAGUGAUGAGGUAGUUACUCCGAAUAAAACAGUCGCUUCGGAUGACACUGACACGAGCAAACGACCAAAACUUAAUUCAAAUGAAGGAGAAGAGAAGAGAGAUCAAACACCACGCACAAGCAGGUCGCAAGAGCGAGAGAAAAAAGAAGAAACACCUCAAGUAAAAAAGCGACGAAGUUCUUCUGAACGCAGAGGAACUUAUGGAGAUAGACGUAAAGAACGAGAUCGUCUAGCAGCUGAGCACGGUACACCUGUUACAGGAGAAACUCACGAGGCUGAGCAUGUUAUUCCUUACGCUUCAGUGGCUGAUGGAUUAUCAAGAGAAUCGCCAGCCGGCAGACAACUAGCAAAUGAGUCACUUGCUUAUUGUGAAGAUAAAGACGCACAUCGGCAACAUGUAGGCACAGGUUCUAGCCCAGCCAGUGUUGCUUAUCGACAAGCGAUAAGAACAACCGUAGUGGAAGAGAGAAGUGCUGGUAAUGCAAUUCAGUUGAAUCAGUUAGAAUAUGCUCAUACAUCAGCCUUUGUUGAGAAAAGAAACGAUAAAAGUCUUGAAAUAAGCGAUGACUCCUUUUCUUCUAUGCUGAUGAGUAUCAAAAAUCGAUCUAUACCUUAUCGUGACAAUAAUAAUCCAUCUCCUGCAAUAAUACAACUGACCGAUGCAGAUAUCAAAGAAUGUCUUUUAGCACGACAGACAGCAAGGCAAGCGAGAUACCCAUCAAGCAGCGAGGCGCAAGGGAUCAUAUGGAAAUUUUACGAAGCAUACAAGCUGAGAUCCCCAGACAGAGCCCGUACUUUCUCUCCGAACAUUUCUUGGAACUCUACUCCUCCGCAAACAGACAAGAAUAAAUCCUGUGGUACUGAGAAGUAA